UUCUUUGUCGUCAUCUUCUGCCCCUUCACCACAUUUUCUCACUUCUUUCCUCUCCUCCUAACAGAUAGUCUCUCAUCAUUAAUUUUGGACGCCCAAUUCUCAUCUCAGGUCCGAUGGAGCCGCCAGAGCACGACGCCGUAGCUCACGGUUCCGCCGAGGAGAUCAUCCUCCGGUGGGACUCCACUGCGUCGGAAGCAGGUGCCAGAGAGAAGAUGAUCUUCAGUGGAGACCGGCAUGAGGUCGCCCAAUACUUGCGCGCCGUCGAUGAACUCCAAAGGUCCAUGGAAUCGGCCUGCUCGCUCUCCGAUGGCCAGAGCAAGGGCAACGAAGCGAUCCAGAUCGCCAUGGCUCGGCUCGAGGACGAGUUCCGUAGCAUCCUCAUCGCUCACACCAGCCCUGUUGAAUCUGAGUUGCUGCUCGAUUCGAGGAGCUCUACCUCUUCCAGAAUCAGCUGUAGCUCCAGGAGCAGCUGCAACGGGGUGAGCUCGGGAGAACAGGAGCUCAGGAGCUUCGAUUAUGGAGAUGAUAACCCGAUGUGCGAUGAGCUAGAGCCUCUGGAGAGCAGGAUGAGCAGCAGCAGUUACCGAUCAUCGAGUAGCAUCAGAGAAAUCGACCUCUUGCCGCCAGAUGCAGUCCACGACCUCCGGAGCAUCGCCGAGAGGAUGAUUUCCGCCGGAUAUCUGCGUGAGUGCAUGCAGGUGUACGGCAGUGUCCGGAAGUCGGCGAUAGACGCUAGCUUCAGGAAGCUUGGUAUAGAGAAGCUGAGCAUUGGCGAUGUCCAGAGGAUGCAAUGGGAGGCUCUUGAAGUGAAGAUCCGUAACUGGAUACGUUCCGCCAAAUUGUGCGUCUGUAUACUCUUCGCCAGUGAGAAGAAGCUCUGCGAGCAAAUAUUCUCUGGAUUAGGCACAUCAGCGGAAGACGCUUGCUUCUCCGAGACUAUCAAAGGUCCGGCUAUUCAGCUUUUCAAUUUCGCAGAAGCUAUUAGUAUAAGCAAGCGAUCUCCAGAGAAACUGUUUAAGAUUUUGGAUCUACACGAUGCUUUAUCGGAGUUAAUGUUUGAUAUAGAAUUCGUUUUUGAAUCAAAGGACACGCAGUCAUUUAGGGUUCAGGCAAGUGAAAUGUUGUCCAGGCUAGGAGAGGCAAUAAGAGGGAUACUUUCUGAAUUUGAAAACGCAAUUCUUCGCGAGCCUUCAAGAGUUCCAAUCCCAGGAGGGACCAUUCAUCCACUGACAAGGUAUGUGAUGAAUUACAUCAGUUUGAUCUCUGAUUACAAACGCACUUUGGAUGAACUGAUCAUCUCGAAUCCUGGUUCAAAAGAUUCAAAUGACCCAAACACGCCUGAGAUGGAUUUCACCGAAGUAGAUGGAAAUGGAAAAACCCCUCUAUCCCUUCACUUAAUUUGGAUAAUCGUUGUCUUACAAUUCAACUUAGAAGAGAAAUCUAAGCACUACAAAGAAACUUCAUUGGCACAUCUGUUCAUGAUGAACAAUUUGCAUUACAUUGUCAAGAAGAUCAAAGGGUCACCUGAGCUAAGAGAGAUGAUUGGGGAUCAUUACUUGAAGAAGUUAACUGGGGGGUACUUGCAAGCGGCUAUGAAUUACCAGAGGUCGACAUGGGUGAAGGUUUUGUAUUGUUUAAGAGAUGAAGGAUUGCACACUGGUAGCUUUUCAUCAGGGGUAUCAAAGACUGCAUUGAGAGAGAGGUUUAAGAGCUUCAAUGGUUUGUUCGAAGAGGUUCAUCGGACACAGUCAAGUUGGUUGAUACCAGAUACUCAGCUUCGCGAAGAGCUAAGGAUAUCCAUGUCAGAAAGGUUGAUACCUGCUUAUAGAUCCUUUCUUGGACGGUAUAGGAGUCACAUUGAGAGUGGGAGGCACCCGGAGAAUUACAUCAAGUACACUGUUGAGGAUCUCGAGAAUGCUAUUCUUGAUUUCUUUGAGGGAAUCCAUGUCUCACAGUUCUUGAAGAGGACAUCUCACUAGCUAGGGGAGGGGGAUGGGGGAUGGGGGAUUUGGUAUGUGAGUUUUUUUUUUUUUUUUUUUUUAUGGUUCUUAUUGUUAUCAAUCAGAGUCUAGGGAAAUAUUCUUUGAUUCUUUGUGGAGUGUGCAGGAGAAUAAGGCAUUCAGCGAGUUUCAAAUGAUGUUUGAAGGGAUUGUUUAUUGUAUUUGUAUGAACGAACUUUGAACUGAAGAAUGAUGACGUGUGAAGGCAUAGCUUCUGUUCUCCCGUCUGAGUUCGUGAAAAAGGUGCUCUAGUUUUUUGAAUGUUAUACUUUUAGCUGUCAUUUCACCUUUUUUUCGUUCUUUUUGGGCAUGUGAAGAUGUUGUACAGUUGUAUCCAGUAUUAGUCAACUGAAUGAAAGUCAUAAAUAUUGUUGGAGCAA